CUGACCGGCCCCCCCACCGCCCCUAUUGCGUUAUCCCAACGACGUGUUGGGAGAUUGUACCGACUCAACGGAUCCCUUCCACCCACCUUCCGUUUAGUUUGUUGGUUCACGCACCUGUUCGCGAUUCUAGACGCCUCCGAACAUGAUACCUGAUUGCCAUCAUUGAAGACGAUAAGCUCGUCGACACGACGCUGGUUGUACAACAUGGAGUUCCCAGAGGGCAGAUAUCACGACUAUGCCGACUCAACAUCCUUUCCGGACCUGAUGAAUGACCCGGCCUAUCAAACGAACCACAAAGGGAAGGAGAGGGAGUUUGAAGAACCGGAUACUUGUCGCAUAUGUCGCGGAGAGGGCACCGAAGAAGAGCAGCUCUUCUACCCGUGCAAAUGUAGCGGAAGUAUUAAGUUCGUUCACCAAGCAUGCUUGGUGGAAUGGUUGUCCCAUUCCCAAAAGAAGCAUUGCGAACUCUGCAAAACGCCUUUCCGCUUUACCAAGUUAUACGAUCCCAAUAUGCCCCAAAGCCUUCCAGUUCCACUUUUCCUCCGGCAACUUCUAAUUCAUAGCUUUCGUACUAUCGUCACAUGGCUGCGGUUCGUUCUCGUCGCAUUCGUCUGGCUUGGGUGGUUACCGUGGUCCAUGAGAGCCAUUUGGAGAGCGCUCUUCUGGCUUGCAGAUGGCCGUUGGUCUGGAGCGGAUGGGCCCCAGCAACAGGUUUCUGACAAUUUAGCCCAGGCUGUAGCAAAUGGAAGUGCUUCUGUGAACGUGGGUGCAGCUAACACUGCAUUAACAGGAGCAUCUGAUAUAUCUGCAGUGCAGUCACCAGUAUCAUCCAUGUUUAGUUUCUCGUCCGGCGAGCCGCUACUUCUUACGGUCAUUAAAAAAUCCUUUUCUGCCUUGUUCUUUCCGGCAAUGUCAGGUACCAGCGCCAUGGGCCCCAGCACUUCAAACGUGACGGCAGCAUCAUACAAGCCCCGACGCCCAUCAUGGCUCUCGGACGUGGAGUUUCUCAAUUCUUUAACACCGUCACCCACAAUAAACAACAUCCUCAUUGACACGUUGGAAGGACAGUUGAUAACCCUCUUGGUGGUCAUCUCUUUCAUCUUGAUCUUCCUCAUCCGGGAAUGGGUUGUCCAACAGCAGCCGAUGGCCAACAUCGCCGAGGGCGAGCGGGAGGCAGCGGUCCAAUUGAUUGCUAAUAACCGUCCAAUCCAGCAGCCUGAGGAUGUCCAGCCAGAGCCACCUGCGCCCCAGCCAGCAGAUGUACCUCGCGACGAAGGUACCCAUGAACAUGUUGAAGAUAUCGCCCGUCGCGCGGGCGAAGUGCAACUUGGCUCCUCAGCUGAAUCCGACCCAUCCCGCCUAGAGUCGUCGUUCCGCGAUGGGAGCUCGGGAAGUUUCAGUGACUCGGAUACCCAAGGACCUAGUACGUCGCACUUUUUCCGGCGCAACAGUGAGAGUGAAGAUGAAGUGAACCCCCUGUCGCUGGAGCAGUCAACUUCUCACGGCAGUCAGGUUUGGCCUGGCGUAGAGACGUUUAGGGACCUCUGGGCGCGUGGGAAUGGUGAUCCUGAGCAGGUCUUGAGACUAGUGCGAGAGGAAGGCCGCCAGGAUGAGCUAGGCUGGAUCGUUACGGCAAUGACGAAGCUUCAACGAAAUGAUAACUUACGCCCUUCUUGGAGGCGUGAGUCGCCCCUCCAAGAGGCCGCUAGUUCCGACUCUCUUGAUCAUACAGAGAUGGAGAGUGUACCGGGUCCAACUCAAUCGGCAUUUUUGGAACCCUCAUCAUCUGCGGCAGUUCGCCAGCCCUGGGAUAUAGCGACUGUGUCCCAUCCGUUUGGAGCUGACGUGGGAUUUGAUCGGCAACAGCGCGAAUCUGCCCAUGAUAAUUUUGACUCCACACUACGUACUACGAGCGAUUCUCAACAGGUAUCUGACUCGAUACCUUUUGCCGAGGAUGGUAUUCAGUCGCACCAAACCCACGGUGCUUCUGCUCUCUCCAAUGUCACUACACCAAAUACCGAAGAGCCUUUACAAAAUGCCACGCCAACAGUGCGGCACGAUCAAGCUCCUCCCCCGAAGAAUCCGAUUGCUAGACUGUUCGAUUGGUUUUGGGCUGAUAUCAACCCUACCGAUCAAGGCCAAGAUCGUGCACAGGAUGAUGACGAGCAUCUGGUUGAAGAUCCAGCUCUGGAAGCGCCGUUCGUCCCCAUCCAGAACAACAGACGCCUUGCCAACGACGACGGACAGAACGAUCAAGCAAUUGCCCCGGAUUUCGGUGUUGAUCCAAAUGAUGUUGAUGCCGUAGAGGAUGGAGAUGACUUGGAGGGAAUCCUCGAGCUUAUUGGCAUGCAGGGUCCAAUCUUUGGUCUAUUGCAGAACGGGGUGUUCAGCGCACUCCUGAUCUCGUUCACCGUGGCUAUUGGGAUUUGGCUUCCCUAUCUCUGGGGCAAAAUUGCCCUUGUGCUCCUAGCAAAUCCGGUACAAUUGGUCUUUGGUGUUCCCAUGACUGCUAUAUCUAUCUUUGCAGAUGUUGCGCUGGACACCCUCAUUGGUAGUUUGGGCUAUGUCAUGUACUGGAUCAGUCUCAUCUGCAAAGUGGUGCUGAGUCCUUUCGGUGCCUUUAUUCCUUUGGGAGACUGGAUCCCGCAAACCAAGUCUGUAACCAGUGCCUCGUUGUCCCUUAUCGAUGCCAGCGGUCAUCGAUUACGGAAUGCUCUUCAGCCCUUCUUCGUCUUUCAUGAGUCCGACGUCCCCAUGUUCUCGGUCCUAUCCCAUCAAGCUCUUAAGAUUCAUCAAGCGCGCAUUGCGGCCUUGGCUCACUCGACCUGUACAGUGGUGAGAUUCAUCCUACGUGACUUUCCUCUUCGACUUAUGUCCGAAGGGAUCGCUGGCACCUUUUCUCUAGAGGGUGGAAUUGGUGAUAUAAUUAAGGUGCUAGUGCAGGCGCGCGAUCAAAUCUACGAUCUCGGUCAUCAGAUACUCUACUCCUCUAACGGCACGAGCUGGUUUAACACCAACAUGAGCGGUCCGUCUUCAGCGGACAUCACUGUCAGUUAUGACCUAGCUGUGUGGGAUACGAAGGAUCGUAUCAUUGCCAUUCUAAUGGGGUACCUCCUCGCGUCGGCACUCGGGCUUCUGUACUUGCGUUUCACCACCCUACUUUCUGGUGGCGAGCGUGGACAGAGGGUUGAAGGCAUCAUUGCCGACGUCCUUCACCAAGCAGGUGGAGUCAUGAAGGUCAUCCUCAUCAUCGGCAUUGAAAUGAUAGUGUUCCCGCUGUAUUGCGGCUCUUUACUUGACAUUGCACUGUUGCCCCUCUUCGAGAAUGCCACGGUUGCCUCGCGCCUUGAGUUCACAUCCUCGUCUCCUCUAACAUCUCUCUUUGUGCAUUGGUUCAUUGGCACGUGUUAUAUGUUCCACUUUGCGCUUUUCGUGUCCAUGUGCCGGAAGAUAAUGAGGAGCGGUGUUCUCUACUUUAUUCGGGACCCAGACGAUCCAACAUUCCAUCCAGUCCGCGAUGUCUUGGAGCGCAACAUCACCACUCAGCUGCGGAAGAUUGCAUUCAGUGCCCUUGUGUAUGGUGCUCUGGUUAUCGUUUGCCUUGGAGGCGUUGUAUGGGGAUUAUACUACGCUUUCGAUGAUGUGCUUCCCGUCCAUUGGUCCGCUACUAUUCCUGUAUUGGAAUUUCCCGUGGAUUUAUUAUUCUACAACUUCGUCAUGCCGCUUGCACUCCAGUCAAUCAAGCCAUCGGACGGUCUACACAAUCUCUAUGAUUGGUGGUUCCACAAGUGCGCUCGACUCCUUCGCCUGACCAACUUUUUCUUCGGCGACAGGCAGCCUGAUGAAGAGGGAUACCAUGUCCGUUGGACCUGGUGGGACGUCUUGUCAGCCGCUAAAGGGGAUCCAGAACACCCAGUGGUCGAUGGACAGCAGCAAAAUCACGCAAGUGAGAAGCAGUCCGACGUUUACUUCACUCGUGAUGGGCGAUUCGUCCGGGCUCCCGCUUCAGACCAGGUCCGCAUUCCUAAGGGCAAUCAUGUGUUCCUCGAGGUAACCGAGUCCAACCAGCGGGUCGAUGGGGCUCCAGAUCUGGACCAAGGCCUCCAUGGUCGGGCCAAUGACAUGUUCACUAAGGUCUACGUCCCUCCAAGCUUUAGGGCCCGCAUUGCAGCCUUCAUCCUGUUGAUCUGGGUGUUUGCUGCUGCGACCGGUGUAGGCAUCACAGUUGUUCCUCUUGUUAUUGGCCGGAAGGUUAUGUUGUCAACCUUCCCUCACCGGCCGCUAAACGACGUGUAUGCCUUCUCCACUGGCAUGUCCAUCGUUGGCACUGCUGCCUAUAUUCUGUACCAUUGUCGUCCGUUCGUCGCCGCGGCGCAAGACCGGCUGCGUCCUUACCUGCAGUCCCCUCGGGAGGCGUGUGUUGGAGCCAUCAACGUUCUUCUCGAUGUUGCUCGACUUCUCUAUGUUCUCGCCUCCUUCUCCGUCCUCCUGCCGUCUUUGUUCGCCCUCAUCAUGGAACUGUAUAUCUUGGUUCCUGUGCACACGUACGUUGGAGGACCUCAGGCGCAUGUCAUCCAUUUCAUCCAGGACUGGACGCUUGGCGUGCUUUAUGUCCAAAUGGCCGUCAAGUUUGUUUUAUGGAAUUCUGCAUCCCGUCCGGCGGCAGCACUGAAUGCUAUCUUCCAGGACGGCUGGUUGAAGCCUAAUGCGAAACUUACCACCCGGGCUGUCCUGUUACCGGUGACCCUCCUGGCCACGCUUGCGGUAGUGCUGCCACUAUCCCUUGGGUUCACCGUGAACGCCACAGUAUUCUACUCCACUCCUGAUGUUCAGUCCAAGGUGUACCGCUAUGCAUAUCCAGCAACCUUGAUGAUAAGCCUGAUAGGGUGGCUCGUCUAUUUGGUACGGCGUCAGGUGGAGAUCUGGCGAGUCAAUAUCCGCGACGAUGUCUACUUGAUUGGGGAACGCCUACAUAACUUCCGUGAGAAACGGGCGCGAGAUGUCGGUGUGCCUCGGCGGGUCAUCACCGGUUGAUUGACUGCAGAUGCCUGAUGAA